UAAUUACCUGCAGCCGUGCCCAAGCGCUGCUUUUACGCGCAGAUUAAAAGAGAAAGGUAGAAGCACAACGGUCUGUUGCGAUGAAAACAAAGUGGCGUCACUACAUUUUGUGGAGUAUUCUAUCACUUGGUCUCUUUACAUGUGCAGUAGGCACUUCUCAAUUUCAAUUAAGGAAAGGAAAAGAGGUUUUAAAACUGGGCAAGCCAAAGUCAAAACCAGUCAGGGUGACAACAACAGGCGGUAGGAAAUCUUUGCACAGGUCGUCUUCCAGCACGGUUCCUUUGUCCCAACUGAGCUCCCAAAGGCCCGACUGGCCUCUAGCGCCUGCAAAACCUCGAUCCAUGCGCCCCAGGGAGCUCCAGGCAAAGGUCCGGUCGGAAUUUGCCUACCUUCCAGACGUUUCUGUAACCUGCUCCACGUCUGACGUUCUCGUGCGGGUCAAUCCGGCGUUCUACGGUCUGGGCGCAGAGGCUAGUGAGCUGAAACUUGGAAGCUCAUGUAAAAGCAACGGAGUUCUCAGACCGUACGGUGACCUGCUAUUCACGUAUCCUCUGACAGCGUGUGAUGCCAUGCGUCAGUUGACCCCUGGUUAUCUGGUCUACAAAUUCGUCCUCCACUAUGAGCCUUCACCAAAACGUUUCCCAAGCAGAGCGCACCGGAUAGAUGUCAACAUUAAAUGCCGUUAUCAAAGAAACCUCCAUGUUUACCAGCUAACCGUGAAGCCCACUUGGGAAAGUGCUGUCGUGCGUAAGAGGCUGAUAGGAAGUUCAAAUGACUUUCAGAUGGAGCUGAUGGAUGAUUCAUGGAGCAGACCUUCAAAGUCACAGGUGUACCAGCUCGGAAAAGCAGUUAAUUUCCAGGUCUCUGCUCCAAAUCUCCCAACUAACUGGAAACUGUACAUCAGUAGCUGCUUUGCUACACCAGCAAGUGGUUUCAAAUCACCCCUCAAAUACACCAUCAUUGACAAUUUUGGCUGUAUGAUGGACAGCUGGAGAGCCCCAGGAGCUUCCCAAUUCAUCUCUCGGACUGACAAGACCUUGAGGUUCUCCCUGAAGGCUUUCCAGUUCACCUCUGACCCCAAUGCAGGGGUCAACAUUCACUGCAAACUGUUUGUUACAUCUGAAGACCCGAGUCCUACUCACAAAUCCUGCACCUACAAAGAGGAGAGGUGGAAGGCCUUGACUGGUGACAACUUCAUAUGUGAAUGUUGUGAUUCACAAUGUGGGACAUCUGAACCCAUCAGGGCCACGAUGGAAGGCUCAGUCAGCAUUGACUCCUUGCUGGUCUCAGAUCAGGAUGAUUUUCUACCAGUCAGAACCUCCUCCAUCAGCAGAGGCGGCGAGGCCAUAAUCAGUCAUUACAUCGAUGAGCUGAACCGUUACAAGGACCUGUUGGAGAGUCUGGAUGUAGUGAAGUAUGAUGAUGAUGAUGAAGAAGAUCGAGUCUACACAGAUGAAGAUGGAGAGUUGACAGAACCUGAUUUAGAAGAGUUGGGUUUGAGAGAGGUCUUAGAAGAGGAGGAGAAAGACUCUGCAGGGAACUAUUUCAUCUUAAUUGAAGAUGAAGGAUCAGGGCAUUUGGAACAAGAGGAUUACUCAGAGAGUGAGGAAGGAAGAGAAGAUGAGAUGUCUGCCGUACAGCAGGUGAUCCAUCAACAUGAGAAAGAAGCUGAGGUGUUGCGUCAUUGGGUGGAGUUGGAGCAAACGUUAUCAACAGAGGUGAGCGUACAGAGAGAGUUACAGCAGCCGCAGGAGGAUGAGGAGGGAAACAUGUAUCCAGGUAGAGAUGACGAGGACAGGAUGGUAGUCUCUGAGGUGCAGUGGAAAACGGAAGAUGGCUUAGCAGAUGAUGGAGAGCAGACCUGGUAUUUUUCAUGGUAGUGUUAGUUUAUUUAAUUUAGUAGGUUUUUCUGCUUUGAAUCUGUUGUAACUCUCUAACAAAAGAUGUUUGAAUAAACACAUGA